AUGAGUAGAGCAAAAGUUUUUUUUGAUAUUUCUAUUGAUAACAAAAAUGCUGGAAGAGUAGUAUUUGAACUAUUUAAUGAUAUCACUCCAAGAACAUGUGAAAAUUUUAAAUCAUUAUGUAUAGGAGAUAAAGUAGGCUCACGAGGAAAAAAUUUACACUAUAAAAAUUCAAUAUUCCACAGAAUUAUUCCACAAUUUAUGUGCCAAGGUGGUGAUAUAACAAAUGGAAAUGGCUCAGGAGGUGAAUCAAUAUAUGGAAGAUCAUUUACCGAUGAAAACUUUAAAAUGAAACAUGACGUCCCAGGUUUAUUAUCUAUGGCUAAUGCUGGACCAAACACAAACUCUUCACAAUUUUUUAUUACAUUAGUUCCAUGCCCAUGGUUAGAUGGAAAACAUGUUGUUUUUGGAAAAGUCAUUGAAGGUAUGAAUAUUGUAAGGGAUAUGGAAAGAGAAGGAUCUAACAGUGGAUAUGUCAAAAGGCCUGUUGUUAUAACUGACUGUGGUGAGUUAUAA